GCUUCACACUCUUAUAAAAGGCAUAUAUUUAAUUAAUAUAGAAGAAAUAUUUCAACCAAUGAGAAAACGUUUCGUAUUUAAUUGUCAACUAAGCUCCUCCUACCACUCUAAUCAGCUGAAUCUGACUUUGACAAGUGUUUGUUUUUAGCAUGUUAUUAAUUUUGAAUGGAUAAUUUCUGUAAUUUCUCAUUAGCGUUGCAGAUAACGUUCGUCAGUUGAUUUCAUAAUCGACAAUUUUGCGAUAAAUUCCUGUUAAAACGUAUCGAUAUGUCUCUAGAAAGUAAAUAUAACCUUAAAAGUCCUGGUGUGAAACGAUUGAUGCGAGAAGCAAUAGAAUUAGCGAAUCCUACAGAAGAGUAUUACGCUUGUCCACUAGAAGAUAAUCUGUUUGAAUGGCAUUUUACUGUUCGGGGGCCCCCUGGUACCGAUUUUGAAAAUGGUUACUAUCACGGAAGAAUAUUACUACCUUCUCAAUAUCCUAUGCAACCCCCGAACAUAAUUUUACUCACACCAAAUGGAAGAUUUGAAGUAAAUAAAAAAAUAUGUCUUUCAAUAUCUGGUCAUCAUCCAGAAAGUUGGCAACCUUCCUGGUCAAUACGUACUGCACUUUUGGCCCUUAUAGCUUUUAUGCCCACAACAGCAGCUGGUACAAUUGGAUCCUUAGAUUAUACACCAGAGGAGAGGCAGCUUUUAGCAAGGAAGUCAAAAAAUUGGGAAUGUUCAAUAUGUGGUAAAAUAUCAGAAAAACUGAAUUCCACUGAAGGUGCAGCCAGUCCAAAGCUGACACAAGAAGAAUCUUCCUUGAUUAAACAGAUAGCUCUUAAGGCAGAGGAAGAUGCAAAUAAAAAGGAACCAUCAGCAAAAGUUGAAGGAAAUGAGCAGUCCAGUGAAUCUGGUGAACUUAGGCAAAGGACAGCUGCAACUGUUUCAGAAGGGGGGCCAGCAGAAAUGAUUUCUAAUAUAGGUGAUCCAAUUUUAGAAGCUUCAAACAAGGAUAAACUCUGGACAGCCAUAAUGUUGUUAAUCAUUGCUCUAAUUUCACUCCUAUUAGUAAGACGAUUAUUUUUCCUGUGAAAUUUCCAUAAGUAUAGAUUAAUAAAUGCAUUUUAUACCUAUAGGAACUUUUUUACCAAAAUAAGGACAGUAGGAUAUUUAAAAAUUGUAGAUUAGGGA